UAUAAAUAUAUAUAUAUAUAUAUAGAGAAAGAGUGAGAGGAGAGAGAGAGAGGGGGUCGACGUGUAAAUCCGACGCAUGAAUACCACAGGCCCCGCUCAAAAUGGGGGUGCCUCUUGCUUGACCAACGGGUUUCCGUUGGGGGAAAAGUCUGGGGACGUGAGAGAGCGAAGAGAGAGAAAACAAACAGAUUGAUUUGAUUUCUCUUCUUCUUCUUUUCUCUCCUUUCUCAUUCUUUCUUCAUCACAAUCUAAGUUAUAGUCACUCAUUACACAUAUAAUUAAUUAUUUAAUUAUUUAUUUAUUUGUUAUAUGUUUAUGCAGUUUCUAUACCAAGGUUGUUGAUGAGUGGUUUUGAUCUGAUGACUACUCGAAACACAGAACCUUCUCAGGGUGAUGGUGUUCACUCUCAAGCUCAUCCGGGACCGCUUGAUCAUCAGCGUUCUGUUGGUGCCAAUAAGAGCGAUGGCGGUCACCCCCCAGCUCCACCGGGACAAUCCGGUCCACCCGAUCAACGUGCCCGCGGUGGAAACAAGGUUUACAAGAGUGGGCCGCUAUUUAUAUCAUCCAAAGGAAUUGGAUGGACAUCCUGGAAGAAAAGGUGGUUUAUUUUAACACGUACCUCAUUGGUCUUCUUUAGAAGUGAUCCGAGUGCUAUCCCUCAAAAGGAGAGUGAGGUGAAUUUGACCCUUGGUGGUAUUGACCUCAACAAUUCAGGCAGUGUGGAUGUAAAAGCAGAUAAAAAACUCUUGACCGUGCUCUUUCCUGAUGGUCGUGAUGGGCGGGCUUUCACACUUAAGGCUGAAACUUUGGAGGAUUUGUUUGAGUGGAAAACUGCACUUGAGGAAGCUUUGGCACAAGCACCAAGCACCGCUCUUGUGAUGGGGCAAACUGCCAUAUUAAAGAAUGAUAAAACUGACACAGCUGAUGAUUCUUCUGAACAGUUGAAGGAUAAACAGUCGGUGAAACCCUUGGUGAUUGGUAGGCCAAUUUUACUUGCUUUGGAAGAUAUAGAUGGAACUCCAUCGUUCUUGGAGAAAGCCCUUAGGUUUACAGAAGUGCAUGGAGUCAAAGUAGAAGGGGUCUUGCGGCAAGCUGCAGAUGUUGAUGAUGUUGAACGUCGAGUUCGAGAAUAUGAACAGGGAAAAUGUGAGUUUUCUCCACAGGAGGAUGCACAUGUUAUUGCUGAUUGUGUCAAGUAUGUUAUCCGCGAGUUACCAUCAUCUCCAGUUCCUGCAUCUUGCUGCAAUGCUCUAGUGGAAGCAUGUCGAACUGAUCGAGGCAUGAGAGUCACUGCUAUGCGUUCUGCUAUAUGCGAAACAUUCCCCGAACCAAAUCGUCGCUUAUUACAGAGAAUUCUUUUGAUGAUGCAAACUGUAGCUUCUCACAAGGCUGAGAAUCGAAUGAGCUCUUCAGCUGUGGCAGCUUGCAUGGCACCCUUGCUUCUUCGUCCCCUUCUGGCGGGUGACUGUGAGCUCGAAAAUGACUUUAAUGUGGGUGGUGAUGGCUCUGUUCAACUUCUGCAAGCAGCUGCUGCAGCUAACCAUGCCCAAGCCAUUGUUGUAACUUUGCUUGAGGAGUAUGAUAACAUAUUUGGGGAGGGUUCCAUGUCGCCCGAACCAUACACUGACUCAGAAGUUAGUGGAAGUGAGAGUGAGGAGCUAAGUGAUGAUGAUGAAACCUUCGAAGAUGAUGAAGCAAUGGGGGGCUCUGAUGCUUCUGUAGAUGAUGAUCUUGAACAUGCAUCGAGGAGAACUUGCAACCAGGCUGGUCAUGCUGGAGACGAUGAUAUGCAUGACAAUAAGAUGCAGAGUUCUGACCCCGAAGAAAGAAGUAAAUCUGCAACUAUAUCAAAUGAACCUGAACAUAUAGUUAGGCGACCUGCCGCUUGGGGACGUUCCUCUGCAAAGAAGAAUCUUUCUAUGGAAUCUGUUGACUCGACUGGGGAUGAGGAUGAAAUUCAGAGGCACGAGGACACUAAAAUUGACUUCCAAAGUAGAAUUUCAGAAGAGGCUCAAGGGAAUGCAAUUCUACAAGAAAGUCUGGAAAGACGAAAGAAGUUUUUGCAUGAACGUCAUCUAGCUUUUGAGCAAGAUGUGGCAAGACUACAGGACCAGUUGCAGAAGGAGAGAGAACUAAAGGCCGUGCUUGAAGCUAAAAUGUCUCACGGGCCCUUAUUUUCUUCAUCUACCAUUAAUGAGAAGAUGAAGGCAGAGCUUCACGAGAUUGGUCAAGUGGAGGCUGAUCUCGUCAAUUUGCAGCAGAAGGCUGAUUAUCUUGAAGUGCAGCUUAAUCAUCAACGUGAAUAUAACUAUAGUUUUAUGCAUGUCUCAUGCUAUCAACCCCAACAAAAUCAUCAAGCAAAACUGAAGGAUGAAGAGGACAUUGAAUUUGUAGCUACUUCACGUACUCCUGAAAGGUCAACAAGAAAUAAGGGUGCCGGUGGCAGUGCCAGUUCUACGACUUCAGCACUUUCAAAACUAACAAACAGACUCAACUUCUUGAAGGAACGACGUACCCAAAUUACAAAUGAACUUCAAAAUUUGGACAAAGGUCGGAAUUCAGGUCAACCUGUCCAAAUCGUUGAAAGAGGUCAAGGUUCAGAAUCUCGAGGAUCAUCAGGUCAAUCCUCGGAGAGAGGCAGAGGAUUUGACAGCGGCCAGUCUCUCCAGAACCAAGAGAAAUGUGCAGCAACAGAAGGCCAAUUGGUCCAGAAUACGGAAACAGUUAGAAAAUCAGAUGGCCAAUCACUCCAAAACCUGGAUAAAUGUAGAAGAUCAGAAUCCGUAACAGUAGCCCUAGACAAAGGAAAAUCAGAAAGCUUUCCAAGUGCAAGCAAAGGUCGAGAAGGCCAAUCUCGCAUGCAAACACCAAGGACAUACUCCAGAUGAUGCAAGGUCUGAUUUUGCUCUUUUGGCAUUGUUUCUGCAUACAACAACAACAUGACCUAUCUCAUCGACUAUUUAGGUCUUGGUAGGAACUCUAAAGAAUUGAUUCUGAUGUCCAUAUUUAUGGUAAGUGCUGCUGAAGUUCAUACAAUGCCAAGGAUGUAUAGAUCAUCUAGUCUUCUGUAAGUUGAUAAUUUGAAAAUCCUGAUUGUUGGGUUUCUCUAAGUAAAGGUCAUUUCCGUAAUUUGUCAUUAUCAAUGUGUUUUUCGUUGGAGUUGGUCUAAAGCUUGUUAAGCCCAAUGGAUGCUGUAUUCAGAUCUUGGUUUCAAGUCUCCUCCAGUGGAGCUUGAGCACCUUCACUUGAUUACCAAAGGAGAGAGGUUUUGUCAUUCAAAUGUAAAUGAAAUGGGUGGGAUAAAGUUGUUAUUUGUUGAGUUAA